AUCAUAGGAAGAGGUCUAGCAAGUGGGAGUGACAAUCAGAUCUCAUCACGCUUCCUCGUUAGGCGUGAGUAUUUCUUAGUCCCUUCCGCAAGGACAAAGCUGGAAUAAAGAACUCGCCGGGGGCGCCCGCCGAUGGGAUCGUGCCCAAGUCAAGUCGUCUCUCGUCUCAGUCACCCACCACCAUCCUCUCAUAAACCACACGGAACCGGAUCGUCUGAGGAUCUCGUUCCAAACCACACACUGCGCAAAGUCUAGUCUCCGCUUGUGUCAGCGCGGCCGUCAAUCUUCCACAUCGCAGGCGUGAGUUUCUUUGAUUUCUUCCGUCCCUGUGUUUCUUCGUUUCUAAGGAUACAGUGAACUCCGAUUUGCGAUUUGUGAGGGAUUGGCGAUUUGUGAGAUCAGAAACCUUCCAGUUUGUCCAUUUCCUACAGCCAACCCAAAAAAUCCAACCGAUUCGUCCGUCGCUUCUGAGUUCCCCAAAACCCCCCAGUUGAUGCGCCCACCACUUGCAUCUCGUUGGAUUCCUCCGCUCUGCAGUUCCUAUGCGCUACCACUCCAGGAAUUAGCCCCUGGUUAGCUUCGGUUCCUCCCCCAUCAGCGCUCGGAUCCUUUGAUUCGUGCCAAUCUGAGUUCUUAGCCCUGCGCGGCGUCAAAAAAUUAGAGCUUUCUUGGUAAAGGUUGGGGAUUUCGGCUCGCAGAGAUGGAGUUCGUGGCGUCCAUCGUGGACACGGUGUUCCGGCCGCUCAAGGACUACUUCGCGCGGACCUACGGGUACGUCAUGUCCUGCGGCGAGUACAUCGACGAGCUGGGUCACCGGAUGAACGAGCUCAAGAGCAAGCGCGACGACGUCAAGCGCAUGGUGGACGCCGCGGAGCGCCAGGGCAUGGAGGCCACCAGCCAGGUCAAGUGGUGGCUCGAGUGCGUCGCCGCGCUCGAGGACGCCGCCGUGCGGAUCGACGAGGAGUACAGGGCGCGCCUCCAGCUGCCUCCCGACCAGGCUCCCGGCGUCAAGGCCACCUACCACCUAAGCAAGAAGGCCGACGAGACGCUCGCCGAGGCCGCCAGCCUCAAGGAGAAGGGCGACUUCCACAAGGUCGCCGACGAGCUCGUGCAGGUCCGCUUCGAGGAGAUGCCUAGCGCGCCCAUCGUCGGCAGGGAUGCGCUACUCCUGGAGCUCCACGCAUUUGUCCGGGACGGCGACGUGGGCAUCGUCGGCAUCUACGGCAUGGCCGGGGUCGGCAAGACCGCGCUGCUCAACAAGUUCAACAACGAGUUCCUCGUCAACUCUUGUGACAUCAAUGUCGCCAUCUACAUCGAGGUCGGCAAGGAGGUCAAUCUUGAUGACAUUCAGAGGAUCAUCGGCGAUCGGCUCGGCGUGUCGUGGGAGAACAAGACGCCCAGGGAGCGCGCCGGGGUGCUCUACAGGGUGCUCAGCAAGAUGAACUUUGUGCUGCUGCUGGACGACGUCUGGGAGCCACUCAAUUUCCGGAUGCUCGGCAUCCCGGUGCCAAAGCAGAACUCUAAGAGCAAGAUCGUCUUGACGACGAGGAUCGAGGACGUGUGCGACCGCAUGGACGUCCGCCGCAAGCUCAAGAUGGAGUGUCUGCCAUGGGAGCCUGCGUGGGAGCUCUUCCGUGAGAAGGUUGGCGAGCACCUCAUGAGUUCUAGCCCGGAGAUUCGGCACCUGGCUCAGGCGCUAGCGAUGAAGUGCGGCGGGCUGCCCCUUGCUCUCAUCACUGUUGGUCGGGCGAUGGCCAGCAAGCGCACCGCAAAAGAGUGGAAGCACGCCAUCACUGUGGUAAAGAUUGCCCCAUGGCAGCUUCUUGGCAUGGAGCUUGACGUUCUUGAGCCUCUCAAAAAGAGUUAUGAUAACUUGCCCAGUGACAAGCUAAGGCUCUGCCUACUGUAUUGCUCGCUGUUCCCAGAGGAGUUCUCCAUUUCCAAGGAUUGGAUCAUAGGCUACUGCAUUGGUGAAGGUUUCAUAGAUGACUUGUACACCGAGAUGGAUGAGAUAUACAACAAGGGGCAUGACCUUCUCGGUGAUCUCAAGAUUGCCUCUUUGCUGGAGAAAGGCGAAGAUGAGGAUCAUAUCAAAAUGCAUCCCAUGGCCCGCGCCAUGGCUCUAUGGAUAGCAUCAGAGUUUGGCACGAAAGAGACCAAAUGGCUUGUCCGUGCCGGAGUUCGGCUUAAGGAAGCACCAGGUGCAGAGAAGUGGAAUGAUGCUGAGCGGAUUUCGUUCAUGCGGAACAACAUUCUUGAGCUGUAUGAGAGGCCUAAUUGCCCUUUGUUGAAGACCUUAAUACUACAAGGCAAUCCUGGAUUGGACAAGAUAUGUGACGGCUUCUUCCAAUUCAUGCCAUCUCUCAGAGUGUUAGAUCUGUCCUAUACUUCUAUCAGCGAAUUACCAUCAGGGAUCGGUUCAUUGGUUGAGUUGCAGUACCUGGAUUUGUAUAACACAAACAUCAGGUCACUGCCAAGGGAGCUAGGAUCUCUGGUGACUCUGCGAUUCUUGCUUCUCUCAAAUAUGCCAUUGGAAAUGAUACCAGGUGGUGUUAUAUGCAGCCUAACAAUGCUGCAAGUCUUGUACAUGGAUCUCAGCUAUGGAGAUUGGAAGGUUGGUGCAAGUGGAAAUGGUGUUGAUUUUCAGGAGCUUGAGAGCCUGCGUAGGCUCAAGGCACUAGACAUCACAAUACAAUCUCCUGAGGCCCUGGAGAGGUUGUCAAGGUCACAUCGUGUCGCUGGUUCCACAAGAAAUCUACUGAUAAAGACAUGUUCCAGCCUGACAAAGAUACAGCUUCCUUCAGGAAACCUCUGGAAGAAUAUGACUGGCCUGAAGAGAGUGUGGAUUGCGAGCUGCAGCAAUUUAGCGGAAGUAAUAAUCGACGGCAGCAAAGAAACUGAUCGCAUCAAUGCACUUCCUCAGGCCAUCCUUCAAGGCCGCGCUGACCUUGUUGAUGACGAGCAGCCAAUCCUUCCAAGCUUGCACAAUGUCAUCCUUCAGGGGCUUCAGAAGGUAAAGAUCAUCUACAAAGGCGGAUGUGUCCAGAAUCUAGCAUCGUUGUUCAUCUGGUAUUGCCAUGGGCUGGAAGAGCUAAUUACUCUCAGUGAUGAAGAGCAAGAAGUGACGGCAAGCAGUGGUGAACAAACUGCAGGAACAUUUAGAGUCAUCACACCCUUCCCUAACCUCAAGGAACUGUAUCUCCAUGGCUUGGCAAAGUUUAGGAGGUUGAGCAGUAGUACAUGUACUCUGCGGUUUCCGUCAUUGGAGAGCUUGAAGAUUGUUGAGUGCCCGAAUCUGAAGAAGCUGAAACUUUCUGCUGGAGGGCUGAAUGUGAUCCAAUGCACAAGAGAAUGGUGGGAUGGGCUUGAGUGGGACGAUGAGGAAGUCAAAGCGUCUUACGAGCCACUGUUCUGUCCAAUGCGCUGAAUUCAGUUUUGGUUACUAAAGGUUCUUCUCUUUCAAAGAUUUCUCUUUCCCCCGUGCAUUCAAAGAUGCCUGAAUUCAGAGAGGUUGAGCAGUAGUACAUGUAUUCUGCGGUUUCCGUCAUCGGAGAGCUUGAAGAUUGUUGGGUGCCCGAAUCUGAAGAAGCUGAAACUUUAUGCUGGAGGGCUGAAUGUGAUCCAAUGCACAAGAGAAUGGUGGGAUGGGCUCGAGUGGGACGAUGAGGAAGUCAAAGCGUCUUACGAGCCACUGUUCUGUCCAAUGCGCUGAAUUCAGUUUUGGUUACUAAAGGUUCUUCUCUUUCAAGAUUGCUCUUUCCCCCAUGCAUUCAAAGAUGCCUGAAUUCAGAGAUUGCUAGUCUGCAAUGGGCGUAGUCUUGCUUGUCUGAUCAUUUGUGUAUGUGAGACCUUCAGGGCUGUGUUGUCGAUCUUGUAUUAAAGUACAAGUUGGGCGAUUCUAGUUUUUGCACAGCCCAUGUAUCAUGUGUGGCAGCAGGAAACUAGCAAAUGUCACCGAGUCGUGGAUGUACCUGUAAAUUAUGACUUGUGAGCUCCAAAACAGAAUGACUGAUAGAUGCCAUAUUUUCUC